AACAAAAACAGCUGAAAAAAAAUAAUAAAAUACACUUUUUGUUGGAUGAUUUUCAUAUAAAAAUUUUGGUUGGAGUUGUAUUCGUUUCCAUCGUCUCGUCGUCUUCGUCAGUUUAAUUCGGUUCUCGCCUUUUUUUCAUCAUCAUCGUUGUCGUCGUAAUUUUUUUUUUCUUCCUCUCUUGUUCUAAAUUCUUCUGCUGCUUCUGCCAUUUAUAAUACAAAAAAAAAAUUAAAAUGGCGUUCAUGUUCUUUUCAAGUUUUCUUCGCAGUAAAAAAUUUUCAUCAUGACAUAAAAAACAAUUUAACAAUCAAUUAAAUUUUUAUUGCAAUAAAAAAAUCAAUUGAAAAUAGAAAUUAUAGAAAAAAAAAGGAAGAAACUCGUGCAUAUUCUUCUCCCUAAUUUGAUUUUGAUAGCAAAAAAAAAGUGUGAUCGAAUUGAAAAAAAAAGAAGAUAAUUAGAAGAAGAAAAAAUUUUCAACCUAGUGAAGAAGAAUAUUUUUAAUAUCCUCAGAAAAAGUAGAUUAAAUACUUUACUCGAUAUAAAAAAAUCAUUCACUUUAAAGUGAAAAUUAAAAACUAUUAAACAAAAGUCGCCUUUGGUGUGUUUUGAUUCAAUUUUCGAUUUCGACGAAAAAAAUUCAAAUAAAAAUCAAUCGAAUUAAUCUUUUCCGCAACCAAAAAAAGGCAAAGGCAAAAAAAAAAACACAUCACAUCAUCAUGCAACAAGAACCCAACGACGACAGUUGGCUCGAGGAGCAGUGUCUCCGUGAAUUAGAUGCUCAACAUGACUGCGAACGGGAAUACCAUAGACAAAGGGACAACUCGAUUAGCACCGUUUGGGGAGCCUUCCAAGAUUCGGCCACUGCCGUAGCACAAUUGUACAGAGAACGCUCAAACAAUGCCUAUCAUCAUGAUACAGGGGCUUUGUGGUUACCAUUUCAGACGGCUGCUGGUACAGUGACGACUUUAUACAAAGAUUCUUGUGAAGGAAUUAAACGUACCGGCGAAGCAGGCGUACAAAGUGGAUACCAAAGGCGUACUAGAGAAUUAGUUGAUUGGGCAAGAAGCAAAAAGCGCCGUGUUAUUCGACGUGCUGACCUUUUAGCCUAUUUAGCUGGAAAGCCACCACCACCUUUGAAUGUAACACGUCGUUCACCAAAACCAGAACAUAGUUCGAAUGCACUUAUGUUAGGUGUUAGCAGUAAUUCAUCAACUCCAAGUGAAGAACCUGCGACAGAUUUGCACACAUUUAAAGAAGCGCUAGUUUUAAGACCAAGAGGCCCGGAACUCUUUGCAUUUGUAGCUAAUGAAAUUGCUCGUCAUUGUAAGCGUCCAGCAAGUCCUUUAGACGACACAAUGGAUGUUUGUCAUUACAGCAGUAAGCGGCAACGUUUUAUGUAAAAGGCCACUUUGACUAAGAAAAAAUGAAAUUAACACAAUGCAAACACCAUCUUCUGUCUCAUUGAAUGUAGCAGCAGCAUCGAUCGAUCAUUAUUUCCCCAGUUAAAUAGUUUCUAAUGAAUAGAAACAAUUAAAAAAAAAAGAUGAUGAAGAAGGAAGAAGUUAUUAUUUUUAUACGUACGUAAUAUAAAAAAAAAUUGAAGACGGAAAGAAAUUGCUUUAUACAAAUUUUAUAAAAGUAAUUUUUAUAUUUUUUUUGUUUUUGUUUUUUUUUUUUUAAGUUUAUGAUAAAAUGUUUGAAAAUCCAGAUGUAAGCAAUACAAAAACAAAAAAAAAAGAACAAGUUGAUUCCUAUUUGAAAUGUGAACGAAAGGAAAUAAGAAAACAAAAUAAAAAAACAAUAAGGAUUUCCUAAAAAUACAGAAUAAAAUAAGAAAAAAUAACACAAAAAAAUUAUGUUGUAGUGUUCGAACACAAAAAUGCUAGUGAAAUGAGGAUAAUUUAAAUUUCGAUAGCCAUAUACAUAAAAUAAAGUAAAUUAUAAGUUAAACUUUGAAAAUUUAAAUAAAUAUAAAAAAAAAUACAAGAAAAACUUAUAAAAAAAAGAAUCUUCAAUCAAAUAAAAAAAAAACAGAAAUUAAAUUUUAAUAAAAAUAAAAAACAAAAAAAGAAACAUAAUAAUUAAUGUACCUAUGUAUCGAAUUCUGUAUUUCUUUGGCAAAUGUUUAUUACUAUUAUUAUUAUUAUUAUUAAUUAUUAAAUAUUGGUUAAUUACACUGUAAUCUUGGCAUAUAAGAAUAUUCCCAAAAAAUUUAAUAAAAAUAAACAUGUUGUUCAGGAACUACAAACAAAUUAAA